AUAAUUUUGUUUCACAAUUUUUAACAUUUCACAAUUGUUUUCUAAAGAAAAAAAAAUCCUUAACGUUCAAACAAUACUUAACAGUCAAGCGUUUCCGCGCUAGCGCGAAGAUUGCUUCGAAACAGCCGAUGCUGUGUUUCGGCAUCGACGCGUUACGCAUGUGCGUCAUUUCGAAUGCGCUCUAUGCAUAAACCGUAUCCUCUAACCCAUCCGUCGUUUGAAAAUUGCAUAACUCGCGCGACGUGCCUAUUCCCUUUGAGCGAGGCCGCGCGUUUCGGAAUUUCGCGGUAUUCCUCACUCCAUCCCACACUUCACCCCUUGCAAUCACCCAUCCUUCAUCCACCGUUGCAACGUUGCAUCAUUCGACGAGUAUUGUCGCGAGGAACGGGACGCGCGACUGGUGACGAUUCUCUCGACCUCGAUUAUCUCGAUCUCGAUUAUCUGCUCCUCGAGUUUCUCGAAACUCAUUACACGAAUACGAAUGCGUGACGAACGGGGAAAAUGCAGAAACGGAUGCGGACAUGAUGCGGUGCAUCGGCGGCGGGUGGUGAAGGUCAGUGGCGCAGGCGUGAUGACGAGAGUCGAUAGGUGUCGAUAAGAGGCGCGCACACGUAGCUAGCGGGCCGCUCGCCCGCUCGUACUUGUUAGUAUAACCUCCAAAGUUCGGCGCUGGGCACAUUCGAGUCGAUUGCACGGCCGUCGUCGCCGCACACGGCGAUGUGACGUGACGUGACGUGACGUGACGGGACGCGACGCCGCAACGUGACGCGUGCCGCCGACACGUGCCGUGGUCUGGAAAAGGUGCGGGCUGGUGCUCUCCUCGCGCUCUUGACAAUCUGUAGGGCGAUCAGGUGGAGGACGCGGAAGUAUAUGGACUAUCGGAAAACACUGCUCGUCCAUACGAAAGAUGGGUCAUGGGUCGAGCCGUUCCGCUUCCUCGGCAAAUAUCCUCUCCUCAAAGGAGAUUAUGCUGGUGGAGAACCUGUUUAAGUCCAUGUCUCGCAGCUCGGGUUCCAUCAAGCGCGAGGACAUAUUCAAGCAUUGGUCGAUGCAUCUGGAUGACAUGUUGCUGCAGUUCGUACUGCGAUUCCUCUGUCAUGAACCAGGGAAGAAGGUUUCCGCUAUCAACGGCGAGAACUUUGGUCGGUUGUACGUAUUCGCCGUGCGUGGCAGUGCCGAAGAACGCACCAGUCUGGUAUUCGACGGUUUUUGCGAGGAAGAGCAGAAGUACGAGAUACCCACCGUUACGUUCCUUCAGUACAUUCAAGCAACGAUCAACUCUUACUUGCGAUUGCAGAAGAACUCCGGCAACGCGCAUUACCUCACCUGGAGCAAUAUUGGCUGCACGGUCAACACCAGCCGCAUAGGGAUGCGUUCGCGCAGCCUCUGCGAGGACCUUGUCAAGUACGGGGAUGUGUUGACCGUCGAUCAAGUGGAGAAUUGGUUCACGAGUGCCGCCACGUUCAAGAGCAUUCAGUCACAUGUUUUCCAGUAUCUCUACCUAGUUUCUCAGAAGAAGGGCAGCGACAAGAACACGAGCGCGCGAAUAAACGAGCUGAACCUGCUGCCGUUGUGCAUGGGUUUGGAGAACAUACCGCAUUUCCCGAGUAUACUAGGCUUAGGAGACGUUCUGUUCCUGAAUCUGAGUCUGCCGCACGAGCUCCGUAACGAAUGGAGAUUUCUGUUCUCCAGUCAAGUGCACGGCGAAUCGUUCUCCACCAUGCUGGGGAGGAUCGCGAUGCAAGGCGCGACGAUAAUCAUACUCCAGGAUAUGGACGAUCACGUGUUCGGCGGCUUUGCCUCCGACAGCUGGAAGCUGGGACCGAAUUUCAUAGGGAAUCAAGCGUCGUUUCUGUUCAAGCUCGAGCCGGAUAUACUGACGUUCCCGUCGACAAAUUACAAUAAUCAUUAUCAGUAUCUCAAUCUCCAUCAGCAAACGAUGCCUAACGGCUUGCUCAUGGGAGGUCAGCUUAAUUAUCCUGGCCUCUGGCUGGACUGCGAAUACGGCACCGGCAAGUCGAGCAUGUCGUGCACGACCUUCCAGAAUUACGUACAACUUAGCGGUAAGGAAGACUUCAAAAUCAAACACUGCGAGGUGUGGGGCGUCGGCCCGGUGCCGGACACAGAGGAGAACGUCCGCGAGAUGAAGUCCGUACUGGAUCAAGAUCCGACAUCGAAGGUGAUGCUAGAACUGGCUGGUCGUAAGUUACACAGCGAGGGACUUCGCGAGGAACAGGAGUAAUUGUGAUACGAAAUUUAGAGAUUUUUAUGGAAGCUCUCGAGCAGAGAGGAAAUGCUAAGAAUGUUUGCAGAUAUUUAAGAUUAAACAAACGAUCGACCUUGUGAAUUAAAUAUGUGUAAAAUCUGUUAUCGAUUCUGACGAUUACAAUGGAACAUGCGGGUAUGAGAAAAAUAUUUAGAGAACUCAUGGUGAUUACGUAAGUUAUGACACGAAAGAAUCCUCUUGUUUUACACGAGCGCAUAAUGCCGGUGGCAGUCAUAGCGCAUCAAUGGAAACGAAUUACACUACGAAACUUGCGCGAUGAUUCGCGUCAGCAAAACCCUGUCUACCUGUACAUACGAGCGAUCUCUUCCGUGUUUUUUCUACAAACUUACGUGAAAUUAUUUAUUUGUAAUUAUUUAUCUAAAUAUAUUAUUAGGACUUUUGUCCCCCUUUAUAUAACGGCCUGACAUCUCUCGAUUUUCACGAUUGUUCUUUCGGUCAUCCGAUUAUACUUAUGUGACUUUAUUCUCUAUAAAUAUGCAUGUAUUUAUGAAUUCAGCGCUAUGAUAUUAAAGAAUAUCAUCACGCUAAUCGUUGCGUGGCCUGAAUGCCUAUUGUCUAGUGCCUGACAAGACGUUAUGAUUGUUAAUUUAUCGUUUUCCACAUAUGUUGAUUAUUUAUAAACGAAUAACCGUGUGCCAUACGAAUUGCUCUUGUUAACUAAGACUGUAUAAUUGUAUUGUCGUGUGAGAAAUACAUAACAAACAAAUAUCACGCAAACACACUGACCGUUUGCCAACUAUAAAGUCAAAGAAAUCACACCGCACUGUAUUAUAAAAUCUGUUAAAAGAGUUCAAUAAAAACGAUCAAGUUCACA